AUAGUGAAGAAGCCCCCUCAUGAACACAUCCACCUUCAAAGCUUUUUCUCUCUGCAAAAUCCCCCAUCAUUUCCAUAGAUUUCUUCUUCUUGUCAUUUCCCUUUAACUCCUUUUUGUUUGAUCUUUUGUAAUUUAUCACUUCAUAAAGUAGUCACUAACUAAACAACAUAUAUACAAACACAAAAUAGAGAUGGAUGCUGAAAAGAAGGGUGCCCAUUUUCACCAAAUCUCAACUCAUAAACCACAACUACUUGUCCUCUCCUCGAUCCAAGAGCAACCUUCUUCAAAGAUCUCAGAUAAGCCCACAGUCAAAGCUUCUGUUGCUGAUGUUGACUCCGAGAUUGGAGUAUUCGGCGCAGAAAAGUACUUCAGCAUGAAACUAGAUCAUGUUGACUCCACGGUGGAUAUCACUAAGCAACACGAGAAGGAAAACAAAGAGUAUCAUCCUCAUACUCAUACUCAUACUCAGUUGACGAAAACGACGUCAUCUAGAUCAAGAACAAGCCGACAUGGAACUCCAAGUGUAAGAUCCGAGUCAAGUUACAACAGUCAAACCUUUCUCAUGAGGAUGAACAACAACAAUGACAACAAGCAACGUAAAACAAACGAUGUAAGCGUCUCUUUUGGUGGGUUUAGAUGCAACGGUCCAUGCUCGGGGGUUAAAACCAUCAAUACCGACAGAAAGAUAGCUGGUAAAGGUAGAAAUUAUGAUCGAGAUUUCGUUGCUUACGACGCAAGAAAGCACAUGGAUAAAGCAAGACCCAUGAUUUCAAUACCUAUCCAAAGGUCAGAUAUCGCCAUGAACCUCGAGAGAAAGCUGUCUAUACUUACAUGGGACGCAAUACCAAACCAUCUCUCUACCAAGAACAUUAAUCACAACUCUUCAGUGAGCAGCAAGACACAAGAGGAGGAGACAGCAAGCGAAGCGAGUUCUGAUUUGUUUGAGAUUGAGAACAUAACGAGCAGUGUCUAUGAGCCGAGUGAGGUUAGCAUUGGGUGGAGUGUGGUGACGGGAAGUAUAGCAGAUCAAUCGGUCAUUUCGGAUUUCGAUAUUAUGAAGAGAGGCACGAGAAGUGGUUCGGUGGUUAAAACUAAACCGGUGAUUGCUGGGAAAGUCCGGUCGGGUGGGUUUUUGUCGGGUUGUAAGAGUUACAAAGCUGUCUCGGUUGUUGAUAGUGCUAGAAAUGUUAAAGAAGCAGCCAAGGUUGAUCAUCACGAGAUGUCUCAGCAUAAGAAGUUAAAAACUGAGAUUAGGAUUCAAGACUUGAGCUUUCUUUAAGAAACAAAGUAUGUGUGUGUUUUUAUAUAUUAUAGCUAUUUUCAAAUGUUUUGUAAUAUUUGCUUGUGUGCAUGUUAAUGGAUUUUGAUGAUUUGGUCU